AUCUGAAAUUCUGUUUUGAAAUCUGUUGUCCAAAAGAAACACUAUUCGUCAAAUUUGACCGUUUCUCCUCUCCUCAACUUAAAAAGCUUCGUAGAGAGAAGGAAAAACUGUCUAAGAUGAAAGAUAAAACUGGUGUAAAAAGAACUAACUUCUUAAUUAAGUCUGAAAUGCAGAGGUUGAAUGUAAUAUAUAACCAGAAAUUCAUAUCCUGCAAAAAUCCUUCUAAUAUGUGGAAACUAUUUAAGGAAAUCACUGGUGGUAAGCAGAUAAACAAUAUUCCAUAUUCUUUUGAUGUAUGUACUCUUAACAAAUCUUUUAUUUACUCUCCCUCAAAUGCCAUGCUUCCCAGCAUCACUUGUGUUAAUAAUAGCCCCUUUCCAGGUUUUAACACAAAUGAUGUUCAAAAGUGCCUCAAGUCUCUAAACCCUUCCCAGAGCUUAGGUCCCGAUUAUGUACCUAGUAUUAUUUUUAAAAAUGUUCUGAUAUUCUGUGUCACCCUCUUACUGAUCUAUUUAACAAAUCUUUUUCCGAUAAUAUUGUGCCUGCCGUUUGGAAGGACAUUAAAGUUGUACCCAUACCUAAAUCAUCCACUGGAGCAUGUGUCAAAUUUAGACCCAUUGCUGUUACCUCUCCUUUUUUGAAAACUAUGGAGAAAUUACUUUUACUUAGUCUUGUACCUUCGCUUAAAUCCUUUAAUGACCCUAAACAAUUCGCCUAUAAGCACAGUAGAAGCACUUUAGAUGCAGCUGCCGUCUUAUAUCAUAACAUUGCUUCCAGUCUAGACAAGGGGGCUAAAUUUGUUCGUUGCGCCUUCCUAGACUAUACAUCUGCUUUUGACUCGGUCCCUAGGGACAUCUUAUUAAAUAAACUUGCUGCUAGUCAAACAGAAUGUUGGGCUGUUAACUGGUUACAUUUCUAUUUCUCAGAUAGAAAGCAGUACACCGUAUAUAAAGGGAAGUCUUCCACUUCAUUGCCUACUGAAGCUGGUGUCCCUCAAGGUGCUGUUCUUUCUCCUUUUCUUUUUUCUUUCCUCUUGCAUGACUUGCCUCACUCUGAUGAAAUAAACUUUGUGAAGUACGCUGAUGAUUUAACGGUUUCAAUGGCUGUUAACUCCCAGCUAGAUUGUACCAAAAUAAAUAGCUUUCUAUCGGAAGUCAGCAAAUGGUCUGAGUCUAACGGUCUUAAACUGAAUCCUUCUAAGUGUCAAACUGUUGAUUUCAGCUUAAGAUGUAAACGACAGUUAAAAGAAGUCAUCGAUUCUCAUGACAGUUGUAAAAUUGACGACAAUGAUAUAGGAAUCAAAUCAGAAAUUAAGUAUCUUGGACUCAUUCUCUCUUUUGAUCUCUCCUGGUCUUCCCAUGUCUUAGCAAUCUCCAGUAAAAUAUUCCGCUUGACAUUUUACAUUAAGAAGUUAAGACACUCGGGUAUAACUCAACCCUUCCUCUUACAGUUCAUAAACUCUUGCAUCCCACCUAUUCUUCUUUACUGUUCACCCUUAUUCUUUCCUGGUUUGUUUAAAAAGGACUAUGUCACAAUUCGUAGAAUACUGAAGACUGUCAGUAGGGUGAGUGGUGUCGCAGUGGACCACAUAGUUAACGUCGUUGUCGAUGGGCACUUGACUUCAUGCAAUAAAUUUGCUAAAGGGAUUUUGUCUAACUUGGAGCAUCCGCUUUACCCUCAGCUUUCACCUUGCAUCUCCUCAGAUAGAACAAGGAGUAACUUCAUAAAACUGUAUGCUCGCACGUCUAAGUAUAGAAAUUCUAUGAUACCAUAUUUGGCACGUAUUUUAUGUGAUGAAAAUAGUGUCAGGCAACAAUUAACUAACAUUUUUUCAUCUAGUAAAUAAACGAUUUCCUCCAUCCAUCCUUAUAUACCUUCAAGUUUUACUUUUAUUACUUCUAUUAUAUUUAUGGUCCUGUUACUUCUCUGUUUUACUCUCAUAAUUGCAAACACCAACUUAUCUCCAUGAGGGCAGUAAUCUUUGUUUUUCCCCUCACCAUAUCAUGUAAAGAGAACAUUAUACUCAAUAUUUCUAAACAUGUUAGGAUUUCUAUACCACAUUGCCAAUACUGUGUGACACAAGCCCACGGCAAUUUUCUCUUGUAUUAUUAUUAUAACCCUAGCUGUUAUCUCUAUUAUUGUUAUUUCCAUUUUAUAUGCUGAAUGUUUUUGACACUACCUCUAUUGUAAAUGUGAAAAAUUUUCUGUGUGAUUAAUUUUUAUCUAUAAUUUGAGGAAAUUAGAUGCAAUAUUGUGAUUAAUGGUGAGAAUUCCAUUCUGUAUCACAAGUACUGUUUUUG